CAACGCCUUGCCCGAAGCGGCCAAUGGAGGCGCUCUCCCCGCCCGGACCCAAGAUGGCGCCGCCGGCGGCUGCGGGCGGGCGGCGCUGAGGUGGCCUGCGGGGGGCCGCCGCCUUCCUCCGCGCUCCGCCGCUGCGCCGCGGGGCCGGCCGGCCGGUGGGCUCGUUCGCUCGCUGGCUGGCCGGCCGGCCGGGCCCUCCCCGCCUCUCCCCUCCGCGAUGGCAGCCGAGAGCGGUAGGCAGUUCUGGAAGCGGAGCGCCAAGCUACCGGGCAGCAUUCAACCUGUGUAUGGAGCACAGCAUCCUCCGCUGGAUCCCCGGCUCACCAAAAAUUUCAUCAAGGACCGCUCCAAGGCCAAUGCGCUGCCUAUGAAAAGCAAGAAGGCCUCCAGCUUUCACGAGUUUGCCCGCAACACCAGUGAUGCCUGGGACAUCGGUGAUGAUGAAGAUGAGGACUUCUCUUCAUCUUCUUCCUCUUUGCAAACUCUGAACUCUAAAGUGGCCAAGGCCACAGCAGCUCAGGUUCUGGAGAACCACAGCAAGCUGCGGGCGAAACCUGAGCGGGCUCAGUCUGCCCUCAGCGACAUGCCCACCAACUGCAAGGUCAUCAAGUCCAGCAGUGAGGCCCAGCUCUCCAGAACAUCUGAGGAGGCCUGUGUGCGGAACCCCCUUCAGAAGCAGCAGUCCCUUCCCCUUCGGCCCGUCAUUCCACUCGUCGCCCGAAUCUCUGACCAAAAUGCUUCGGGUGCUCCCCCCAUGACAGUGAGGGAGAAAACUCGCCUGGAGAAGUUUCGGCAGCUCCUUUCCAGCCACAACACGGACCUGGAUGAGCUGAGGAAAUGCAGCUGGCCUGGUGUGCCCAGAGAGGUCCGGCCCGUGACGUGGCGUCUCCUCUCAGGUUAUCUCCCUGCAAACAUGGAGCGGCGAAAGUUGACUUUGCAGCGCAAGCGGGAGGAAUACUUCGGCUUCAUCCAGCAGUAUUACGAUUCCCGGAACGAGGAGCACCAUCAAGACACCUACCGACAGAUCCAUAUUGACAUUCCAAGGACCAACCCGCUCAUCCCCCUUUUCCAGCAGCCACUUGUCCAGGAGAUCUUUGAAAGAAUCCUGUUUAUCUGGGCCAUUCGACACCCAGCCAGCGGCUAUGUACAGGGAAUCAAUGACCUGGUCACUCCGUUCUUUGUUGUGUUCCUCUCCGAGUACGUUGAGGAGGAUGUGGAGAACUUUGAUGUGACGAACCUGUCACAGGAUGUUUUACGGAGCAUCGAAGCUGAUAGCUUCUGGUGCAUGAGCAAGCUGCUGGACGGGAUACAGGAUAACUACACCUUUGCACAGCCGGGGAUCCAGAAGAAAGUCAAAGCCCUGGAGGAGCUUGUUAGCCGGAUUGAUGAGCAGGUACAUAAUCACUUUAGGAAGUACGAGGUCGAAUACUUGCAGUUUGCCUUUCGCUGGAUGAACAAUCUGCUUAUGAGGGAGCUGCCUCUUCGCUGCACCAUCCGCCUCUGGGACACCUACCAGUCGGAGCCAGAAGGAUUCUCACAUUUCCACCUGUAUGUCUGCGCCGCCUUCUUGAUCAAGUGGCGGAAGGAGAUCCUAGAUGAGGAGGACUUCCAAGGCCUUCUAAUGUUGUUACAAAACCUGCCCACGAUACACUGGGGUAACGAAGAGAUUGGACUCCUGCUUGCAGAAGCCUACAGACUCAAGUACAUGUUUGCAGAUGCCCCCAAUCAUUACCGCCGAUAGGUGCCAGGACUCGACUCCCUCCUCUCCCCCAUGCCCACCCCCUCAUCCUGGCCCAAUCUGAUCACUGUGGCAUUUUUGUCGUCCCAAGUCCUCGGACACUCUGGCUGGGAGCUGCUUCUCGCUGUACAAAGCUCACAUCGACUCCUGUCUUAACUCUUAACGUGUGCCUGUCUGCCACUCCAUGCGCCUGGAUGUGCCACUCCAACGACUGUCAGUAUUUCACUCCGUGCCCGUGGCUUGAGCCAGGGAGAGAGGCUUGAAGGGGCUGGAGGAGGACAUGGGGCACAGAUAAACUGAGCCAAGGACAAAGCCCUCCUGUCCUCUCCACCCCCUGCCCUGGGCUUGUCCUGCUGGGACCACCUUGGCUUCGCUGCCUCGUGUUAACCUGCCACCACCUGCGCUGACCCAUCUGCACCCUUUCUCUUCCGACACCACUCGCUCCAACUCCCAGAUGAAAAUGCCUUAUCAGAAACCCGCCUGGCUGGAAAAUCCUUCCCCUCCCCGAGGGUGGCAGGGCAAGAAGUUUCUCUCAGGGCCUAGCUUCACUCCCAGGGUCCAGAGACCCCCCCCCAAGCACUUUGUGGGUUUGCAAGAGAGCCCCUCACACCUGCCCUCUCUCCUCUCCAUCCUCUUUGCCUCCCUCUCCCCUGGGGCAGGCACGAUGGGGGGGGGGAACACCACUCCAUCCACGUGCGGUUCGAAUGAUGUGCGCCAGCUUGACGGGACUGAUGUGCUGUCGGUACGGCCCCCUCCGGCCCCGGGGGAGAGGUGGGGGGGGGGGGGGGCUGGCAGGGGAGCGGCAUCUCCCGAAACCCCCCACUCCUCUGAGGCAUUCUGUGUAUAUUGUGUUCUUGUGUAUAUGGGUCAAAGAUGUACAAUAUACGUCUUCUGUUUGUAGCAGAUAAUGAUUUUAUAUUUAUAACGUGCACUCCUUGUUCUCCCCCUCUCUACGCCUGGGAAGGACGCCUGGGAAGGACACCUGGGUACGGCAGCGUAGGGCUUUAGACUCCUCCAGCGAUGGGGGGCAUUUCAGAGCCACAGGUAUUUCUGCCCCAGCGUGGUUUUGCAGUGUUGGAUCUGCCAGGAAGAGGUGCGAUAGAAAUACGUCUCUCGAGGCUUCCCCUAUAAAGAGGAUUUGGGCGGUUAGUGGAGAUGGGAGCUCCCAGGAGGAAGCGGGGAGAGCUGUGUUGAGGAAACAGGGUAUCUGGGCUUGUGGCUGCUGGCACGUGCCCCUCUGAGCGCUGCGGGGCAGAGCUGUGCCGCUGCCGCCAGCGGGACUCUCCGGGGAUGAACAAUCCCAGAUCUGGCACUGGCUUCCCUGGGGCUUCUCCCACGAGGCAAGGACCGGGCUGGCCUCGCCACCCUCUGCUUUUAAAUCGUGAAUGUUUUAAUGGGCCAUUUUCUUCCUGCGGGCAGGCGCUGGCCGUGUCAUGCCAAGGGCUGGAUGCGGGAGGGCAUGGGGGGAUGGACCCGGGUCACCCUGGGUUUCUCCCAGUGCUCCUGCGGGGCGAUGUGGGCUGUCUUGGCAGGGCGUGGAGCCUCCCGGUCCCUCUGCUUUCCGUUGCUGUUCCCGAUGGGAAAAGGCAGUGGGCCAUGAGGCCGGAGCCAAGCAUGUGAAAGGCAGAGCCUUGUUGCCAAUAAAACUCAAAACAGUGUGUCAAGAAAUGCUUUCCUAACCUGGAGUUGUUUUUCUCAGGCAUUUGGACUUCUGUUUUAUUUUUGUGUGUGCCUCUUGUUGUUUUCUCUGAGAGACAGACCUGGUGGUCCUUAGUUUAACAUGAUGAAUUAAAACAAAAAAACCCCAAAACCAAACCCCAAACCAACAA